AUGGUUCAACUCAGUCAGAAUGUCGUCACCUCGCAACUACCGGAAGUGGAAGAUGAGGUUGCCAUGCAGAAAGAGAUAUUCGCCUGCUGUCAAUUUGCCGUUUCUCUCCAGAAUGUGACAGUUUUUGAAAAUUUAUGUCGUGAGAUAAAAGGAAACGAAGAAUAUCGUUGUCGAUUAUUGUACCAAGCCAUUGAUAUUGGCUGUAUUGAUAUCAUUCAAAUUUGUUUACGUCACGGUAUGCCUACAGACGAUUGUCGUAAAAUGCUGGAAUUUGAAGCGCCAUUAUUGUACGCUAUUGAUAUAGGAAACCUCGAUGUCGUCAAAUAUCUUUGCUCGGAGCAAAAAAUUAACGUUCGAGUUACUAAUAAAUACGGAAUGACGGCAGUGAUGAUUGCUGCCAAGAGAGAAAACUGCGCAUGCUUAGAAAUUUUGAUGAAACAUGGAUGUGACGUAACAACACGUGAUCACUUGGGAAAUACUGCCUUACAUCAUCUUAGUUAUCCGCUCUCACGAACACAUAAAGCUCUCCCUUGUUUAAAACUUCUAGUUAAAGCCGGAUGUGACGUCAAUGCGCAGAACUCUCAUGGGGAUACAAUUUGUCAUGUAGCGGAAGUGCGUCAGCAUUAUCAAUUAGUCGAGGCCUUGGUUUCUGAGAACUGUGCGAUAAAUUCCAGUGAUUUUAGGCUAAUUCCUUGUUUAAGUAAUUUAUGUACAGGACAGGCGUUUAGCGUCGUGCGCCGCGGGUCCAUGUAUUACUAUGAUGGAAACACAUGGUGUUACAGAGAGCCUCGUGUCGAUACUACCAAACAUCAUUCCGUUGCAUUUAAAACCCUUAAAGAUGCCUGCCGCUUUGAGAUCCGCAAACAUCUUGGCUUAAACAUUUUUGAUAAACUUGAGAAGCUGUGUUUACCCACCGUGAUAAAAGACUAUAUUUUACUGAAGGAUGUUCUUUCUGAAGAUUCUUUCAUUAAAUCAUAA